GCCGGGAGCGCUUUAUUUUACCAUUGUAAUAACAGGGGGUGACUAUAUGUACCUACUACCGAUAGCCGAACCUCAUCUAUAGACAAUUCAGCCCACGCUAAACACCACCGUCAUCGAGCACCACACUAACUAAACAUACUUUUUUACAUUCCACCCGCAUAACUGGGUUAACGCCAUGGUCCAACUUACUUGGUUAAUGCUCGCUGGUGCAGCAUCUGUUACAGUAUUCGCCGACAGGUCCGAUUCUUCCAUGGCUAGCAAACUUGCAGUCCCUCGUGAAGCCGCUGCGCUCUGCCCUAAGGCUUGCAUGCCCAGCCUGUACAAGGUCGCCAAGGGCUUCAAAUGCAAAUAUUCAUGCGAUAAAGGAUGUAAUGACAGUGGACUUAACAACGAGUUUAGCUUGAUCAAAGAGUUGAAGAACAUGGGCGAGGACUGUGUACAUCCUCGCUCCAGUGCCAUUCGUUGUGAGAGACUGGCCACGGAUGCUAAACAGUGUCCCUUCCCCAAAUAAACUCUAUUUUGUACCUUAAUAGGGAGCGUCUGUUUAUCAUUCUUUCCUCUGACUUUUUUUCUGUGCUCUCUGUCAACCAAGUAUUUAACAGUAGACGUUGCAGCUCACUCGAGGUAUGCAUAGAGUAGCAGGAAAUAUGACAAUCCAGAACCCCAGUAUCAAUGCCGCUAGAUUAAAACCAGCCAUGUCUGACUCUAUUUGCGAAGCGUUUUCUGUUUCUUACUACCCAAAUCUUCACCAUUUCACUAUCAAUAGUAUUAUCUAGUCUAGGCUAGAGGGCCGUUUUGUAUUAGGGAUACCUAGCUCCCCAACUGCCCUUAUAACCAGAACUAGCAGUCAAAGCUUUGAUAGAAGCAACGUUACGUUUCUAAUCUACACCAGUAGAUAGAAAAGGGUGAGGCUCAACACUAAAUUUGUAGCCAUAAUGGCUAAAAGAAGAGUGGUUGAGGAACGACGCCAGCAGCAUCUAUGGCCAGUACCACAUCAACCCCGACCUGGCACAUCUGUCAAAAACCUCAUACUGUCUUUAGAAGCAGCUGUUCCUAGCACAGAAACACCCAUAGUAAUAAUAACCUAUUCUAAUGAAAAGCAUGAAUCUGACAAUAGCAUUUAGGGGCUGUAAGUCGACCUCCUCCGCUCUGGAUGGGUUUCAAGCCAAUGAGGGUCAACUCCCGCGAUCGUAUCGUUAUAGAUAUUGAUCCCGUUCUUCGCAGUUUCUUUUCCUGUUGUGCCUCUUCUGGCUUGAGGGGUCCUCGCACGCGACCAGUCGACGAUAUCAUCGAACCUCCUGCGACAGAAGCGCGUCGAGGCGAAGUCGGGCCCGUAGCGCUGGGCGCUAGCAUGCCAUUUGAAUGUCAUUGGGCUCGUGUCGCCAUGGCACAUGAUAGCCUGACGCAAAUAAUCAACGCAAUGGUCUAUGUGGAGGUGCCAGUGAUCCGGUGUGCCCUCAUGCUCAUAGAAUUCAGGGUAGGUGGCCCUGCGGAGGGAGU